AUGGAAACUAAUAACAAUACUCAACAAAAAACAAAACAAAAGAAUAUACAGGUUACACUUGUUUUUCAAGAUAAAAAAUAUUCCAAAAUUGGUACAAUUAUUCCACAAAUUCGAGAACAACUUCUCAAAGAUAUGGUUACUGAUCGAGCUGAUGACAUAGCCGCAUUACCUGCAGAUAUAUAUUAUGCCAAGAAAAAUCUUGCGCCCGAUGACGCUUAUUACAAUAUUCAAAAUAGCUCCGUUAAAUUAAAUAUGGCCGAAGAACAGUCACAGGUCAUGCUAAAGAAGCAGCAGCAUCAGCAGCAAGAACCGUUAAUAAACGGUAAAUUGUCUUCUGCUGAGAUUAGCAGAGAAGACAACGGUGUGGAACAGGUUACUGCUAUUACCACACAUGAGAUAUCGACGGCAGAAAAUAUCGAUAUUGAUGAUGACGUUAUGAACGUCUGCAAGGAUGUAUUAAAUCACGUUAUUACUGGUGUAUACUCUAAAUCUGAUGAAUCUAAACGUGAACGAGAAUUUCUAUUUGGUAUUGCUCGACGAAGAUAUAAGAAAAGAAAAGCAUUCUUUUGUGAUAUUUGUUCAGCUUUUCUAACAACCGAAGAUUUCUGUACAGAACAUCGAAAUGGAUUAGAACAUUUAGAAAAAAUUCGUCAUUAUGAAACAAAUUUUUUACCAUGGCGUCGAGCUAUGCAAGAAUCUUUAAUAACUGGUAAAACAUUAAAAGAAAUAAUGGAUACAAAUACAUAUGAUAAGUAUAAAGCAACUAUGGCACUUUAUCUUGCACCAAAUAGUAUUCAUAAUCAUGGACGUUUUUGUUGUGCUUAUUGUGAAUAUGUUUUUCCCGAUCAAUGGCUAUUAGAAAAGCAUCUACAUACUGUUGAACAUAAAACAAAACAAACAUCUACAAAUCAUAAAGAACUUGUUCCACAUUUUGCUGAUAUUAUUAUUCUUCCAAGUGUUUAUAAACUUAAUGGUAUGAAAGAUUUAUCAGAAGUUCCAAGUGAUAUUAAAAAAGAACAAGAAUGGUCUUGUGUAACACGUAAACAACUUGAUGAUGAUACAGAUUUUUUUCUUCAAAAAUAUCCUUUUGAUCAAUUCGAAGCUGCUACUCCUCUUACAAAUAAUAAAAUAGUACGAAAAAAGAAAUCAUUUCCUUCGACAUCUUCAGCACAAAAAUCAAGAAAUUAUAAUCAUAAUAAUAUUUCAAUGAGAAGUCAACAAGGAAGAAAUGGUGGAUUUAAUCGAACAGGUAGAGGACAAUUUCAAAUGUCAACUACACGACGAGGAGGAGCAGUUAAACGAAGUUUUCCAAGUACACCUGUAUCUAGUAAACGAUUUCGUCCAGAUUUGUUUCAUAAUUUCUCAUUGGUCCUGAACCACGAUUUGCACCU